GCAGCCCUUUCUUUCUUUCUCCUGCCAGUCAAACAUGAAGGGAUCUCUCACCCCGGCGACCAAGCGGAAGUCAAUUUCCACUGAAGCGGCCCCGGUCGGCAAGCGGGCCAAGUUGUCCAGUGCCGCGACCCAGGAUCCCCGUUUUGCCCGGGUGUUCAGCGAGGAGGAGGCCUCCGAUGCCAAUGAGGAGGACGACCUCGAAUCGCCCGUUGACACUGACGAUGAGGCUGACGAGGAUGCCAGUGGUGCUGAGGAUGACCUCGACGCUGACAGCAGCGAUGAGGAUGACGGGAGCAACGAGGACGACGAUACUGGGGACGAUGAUGAUGAAGACGAUGAGGGCGACGAGGACGACGAGGACGACGAUGAGGGCGACGAGGACGAUGAGGAUGACGAGGACGAUGGGGAUGAUGAAAUUGACUCCUCGAUCGAUCUGCGCCCCCUGACUCCGGCCGCCCUCUCGGCCUUUAAGGCCGACCUUGAAAAGACCGGUGUCGUCUAUCUGAGUCGCAUCCCGCCGUUCAUGCGCCCGCACGCGCUCAAGAGUCUCCUGUCACACCACGGGAAGAUCGGGCGAAUUUUCCUCAAGCCUGAGGAUGAGCGCAUCCGCAAGCGCCGUGCGCGUGCCGGCGGCAACCGCCGAAUCAACUACAGCGAGGGCUGGGUCGAGUUCCUGGAUAAGUCCCGGGCCCGCUUCGCGGCUGACCUUCUCAACAACAACCAGAUCGGCGGCAACAAGCGCAGCAAGUUCUAUGCUGACAUCUGGAACAUCAAGUACCUGCCCAAGUUCAAGUGGCACCACCUCACCGAGCAGCUUGCCUAUGAGAAGGCUGCUCGGGAGCGCCAGCUCCAGGCCGAGAUGAGUCAGGCCAAGCGCCAGGUGGAUCACUACCUGAAGAAUGUGGACCGCGCGCGGGCCAAGGAGCGCGCGGCACAGGCGGCUGCCAGCAAAGAUGGCGGCUCAGCAAGCGCCGCCCCGGCGGCCAAGCUUUCCUUCGCCGAUAUGAAGUCGCGCUUCCGCCAGCGGAAAGUCGUUUCCGAUGUCUGGACCACCCCGAGCGCUGCCAAGCAGGCGGAUUAGUGUGGCUGGGCAGCUUGCUCACUCCUGUAUGCACGUGCCGUGUCCGUUGUCCUUGUUUUUUUUUCCACGCACACGGUUGCAUGUCCAAAUGUACCCUAGAGAUAGAUAGCUUGAUAGCGGC